GUCCUACAUCCAGAGAAGCAUCCCCAUAAGGAGCGCGUCCUUCUCGCAGGUGGACUUCUCGCCGUCGGACGGGAAGUAUAUCCGGUGCGUGGCGCGCGCCAGCCCGUACGCGUCGCCAGCUGCGGCACCGCCGCCUGCGGCUGUACCACCUCCGACGGCGGCAGGUGGUUCCCUGACGCUGCCGCGCAAGCGAGCGCCAGCUGCCGACCUAGCCGUGCCCUCUACCGAAGAGCAAGUCGCGGGAGGCUCCACUCCCUCCGUAGACUCGGCCGUCGGCUCCGACGAAGGCCUCGUCGCCCCCACCUCGACGAUAUCUUGCGGUAAGCCGCCUGACGGUACCGCCUCGUCCGAGGCCUCGCACAAGCCGUCCGGAGCGCGGUCUCUGACGUAUCCACUACCGAGGAGGGGCUCGCGAUCCGACGACGACAUUCCCUUCACGUCCAUCGACGGCAACGGGCUAAAGAGCCUGCUGUGCACUCCAUUGAGCUCCUGCGCCGUCCGAGAGCUGCCCGAAGUCGCCGAGGAGAGCGAAACGUCACUGACCGACAGCGGCGUGGCGGCCAACGUUAGCGAGUUAGGAGAUAAGCAGCACCCAGAUACGCCGCCCGCGCCCGACACGUCCGCUCCCACAGCUGACGCGGAUGCGGACGCGGCCUGCCACCAAUCGAUCGGAACCGAGCCGUCCGUUACCGACGAACACCGAGAACUACCUGACGCGUCUGGCGACGUACGCGAGUAUACGGCGCACGUAGUGUCCAAGACCGUCGAGUAUGCCAAAGCGCACGACCAAAACGACGGAGAACUCGAGGAUUACGAGAACUGCGAGUACGCUUUUCAGAAAUGCUACGAGGACGAUUCCGGUGAAAUCUUGGAAUACUUCAAGGAUCCCGACCGAGAGGUUGCCGAAAAGAUGGAAACGAGAACGCUAUUAGACGACAGCGAAACGGCCGAGCGACCUAGCGCUAGAGAAACUGAGGGCGACACCGCCGAGUCCGAUACGGGAUCGGGUCCAGUUUUCGUGGCGCAGUGGCCGAAAGAAAAGGCCGAAUAUCGAGACGUGGGGACGGACAGUCCGACAUCGGCCGUAAGAAUCAGUUUGCAACCUUCUAGUCACAAAAGGGGCCGGUCGGAGGGCGAGAUUACGCUCGGCCGAAGACAGGUCUGCUACACGCCGCCGCCCACGCCCCCGCGCGAGAGGGAAGAGGCGGCGUCCGCACAGCGGUCCAGCGCUGACGUCAGCUCGGACGCGGUGGAAGGGAGCGCGCAGCGGCAGCAGCAGCAGCAGCAGCAGCGGCGCCAGCGCACGCUCCAGCACGAAGACGACGAAGAGUGGAGGCCGGCGGCGCCGGCGCCGGCGCCGACGCGUCCGCAGCUCACCUGCCAGAGCUCCGAGGAGAGGGAGGAGCCCCGGGGGUGCAAGGCCCACCCCCUAUAUAGGGCGGACAGCCUGUCGGAGGGCGACAGCGACCAGGGCGGCAGCGGCGGACGCCGACACACAGCGUCACCGGCCACCUUCCUCGCCGACAUGUCCGACUCCGACGGCGCGCGCUCGCGCAGCCCGCAGCCACCGCGCCGCUACUCCAAGCGGCCGCUGCGCGGGCCCUACGGCCAGAUGCUGGAGGCCGAGAUGCAGAAGCCGGAGCCGCGCAUCCACUCCAGAUUCCACUGCAGCGAGGACCUCAAGUUCCUGGAGGAGCUGGCGGGUCCGCCGAGCGCCGGGCCGUCGCGCGCGCCCACGGUCCAGUCUCUGGACGAGCCUCAGGUGCACCGGCCGCGGCCCGCCGCCCGCGCCGCCCCUGCUGCCGCCCCUGCUGCCGCCGCGGCGUCGCCCUCGCCGUCGCCCUCGCCGUCGGCGUCGCCCGCUCCGCGCCCCGCCGCGGCACAGCCGGCAACCGGCGCCAGGCGCAAGGUUAGCGGCGGCACGCCGCCCUGCCACCAGCGCACCGCCUCCAGCCCGUCGCAGCUCGAGGGCGGCCAGCGCCGCCGCCACCACGCACUCGCCGAUCUGCUCGCCGAGGGGCACGACCGCAUCUACGCGGCCCCACAGCAGCUAAAGGACACAAGAACUCAUGUUGCUGUCGAGAUUCUGGAGACGGAACGAUCUUACGUGGAGUCACUGCACAUUCUAGUCUUCAAAUACCUGAAGCAGCUGAAGAGUCCGGAAAAUGCUGGUCUGGUCGAUUCCGCGCUGGUGGACGAAAUAUUCUACCAGAUUCCAUCUAUUCUCUCUCACCAUGAGGUAUUUCUGGCUGAGCUUCAGAAGAAGCUAGAUGAUUGGGACCAGCAGCAAACAAUUGGAGAUGUUUUUGUAGAGGCAUUUACAAAACAACAUGUAAUUGAUAUGUACAUAUCAUUCAUAAACAACUGGAAGUCAGCAAAAGAAGCAGUUAAAGCUACAUGCCAAGCAAAACCAGCAUUUGCCAAAUUUCUAGAGGCUAUGGCACGUGAGCAUAAAGGAAAACUUGCUCUGGACUCACUGCUUAUUAUGCCUGUACAAAGGAUACCACGAUAUGAACUGCUUCUUCAAACACUUAUCAAGAACACAGAACAGAGCCAUCCAGACUACAACUUACUUCUGUCAGCACAACGUGAGGUACAUGUCUUGGCUGUGAAAAUCAACUGUACUGAACGAGAGAGUAUGGAAGCAGAACAACAGCAAGCAAUGCUUAGGGAACUGGAAAAUGUUAUUGAAGGCUGCUCCAAUAUAUUCACUCCAGAUAGAGUGUUUCUGCGUUUUGAUUUGGUGUCCGUUACUGGAGAUGCAGCUGGCUCUGGCAAUCCAGAGCGUGGAUUGUUCCUUUUUAAUGAUUUACUCAUUAUUACUACAGUUAAACGCCGCAGUGGUGCUAUCAGGAAGCCUUCAGCCAUCCUACCAGCAAACCUGAUCCAGCAGUUGGAAGGAAACAAACACAGAAUGGCGAUGAGACUCCUCCUUGAAGAUGUUGAGAUAGUAAAACUUAAAGAUGACAUCUUAAGAGAUUUGGUACGAGAGGUUGAAAAUCUUGCUGAGGAUGCCGUACUUCUGACUCAAAUGGGAGAAAUAGCAGCCCGAUUACACACUGACCAUAAUCUACUUGACGACAUCAUCCGUGAAAUGCUGUGUUAUGUGAACAAGCAAUUGUCUGAACAUAAUGGCAGUGAGUCAAAGCUUUCCCACAUUGAGUUCAUCAUCAGUUCAGAAGGUGCUGCAACUGACUCACUUGUUGUGGUAUUCUCUUCACAAGAUAAGAAAGCAGACUGGGAGGAGGUUUUUAAUGAUGCUAAGCAGAAACUUGUAUUGUCUGCUGAAAGAAGAGGAUCACCAGAGUUUGUUCUACCUCUCCCAAUUCGCAAGACACGGGCUGGCUUGCAGUUCACCUGUGCUGCUCCUACAUUGGGCACAGAUGCUCGAGAUGUUUGGGUAUGCAAUAGUGAUGGGUAUGUUGGCCAAGUGUGUGUCCUAAGCCUCAGCCCAGAACCUACUGUAGUAUCCUGUAAUGGUGUCUGCAACGCACGCAUACUUUGUAUAGCUUCAGUUCCUGCUGUUGACUCGGGUCGUUCUGAUUAUGGAUUUGGACACAGCAACUUCUUCAACAGCAAAUCUGGGAUCAGCAUUUCAGUAGAAGACACUGAUGAGGGAAAUCUUCAUUAUGACAGCAGCUCUUCUAGUGAUGGUGACUAUGAAACAGAAGAGUGUGUUGGGGCAGAUGAAGAACCAAAGAACAAUUCAAUGGAGCCAAUCAGUAUAACAGCAACACCAAGUGAAGUGAGCAUAGCCACAGUGCCUGCCUCAGAGGAUAGUGACAGCAUGCAGCCCACCAUGUGGCUUGGUACUGAAGAUGGCUGCAUCCAUGUCUACAACUGCACUGAUAACAUCAGAAUCAAGAAGAACAAGAUUAAAAUUCAACAUGGCUCAUCAGUACAUUGUAUCAUAUACCUGGACAACAGAGUUUUUGUGUCCUUAGCAAAUGGAGAUAUCACGGUGUACACUAGAGACUCAAAUGGUGGAUGGAAUACCACUGACCCACUGACAGUUGGUGUUGGGACAGCAGCAAUGCCAGUGACACGAAUGCUGUCCAUUGGAGGAAAGCUUUGGUGUGGUUGUCAUAAUACAAUAAAAAUUCUGAACACUGUUUCACUCAACAUUGAGCAUUCCUUUCAAGUAAACUCUGACAGCAGUCGAUCUGUAACAUGUUUGGCACUGGCAGGAUUUGGUGUUUGGAUUUCCUUACAGAAUUCAGCAGUUGUAAAACUUUUCCAUGCAAUAUCAUAUGAAUGCCUCUGUGAUGUUAAUGUUGCACCUGCAGUAACAAAAAUGUUACAAAGUUGUGAUGACAUUAUCCGGCAACAUAAAGCUGCUUGUCUGAGGGUAACUUCACUGCUUGCAUGUAAAGACAUGCUGUGGAUUGGGACAAGUGCAGGAGUUAUCCUUAAUAUGCGACUCCCACACAUCACUCCUUCUACAACUAAAGUUACCACAGUACCAACAGCAUCAGGAAUGCCACAUGGCCAUACAGGACAUGUACGUUUCCUGACAUGUGUGGAAACUGGCUAUCAGCAUGUCACAAAAGAAUCUUUAAAGCAACAGUCAGGGAUGUUUGUACGUCAGGUUGGGAGGAGCAGAGGUGAAGGCAGCAGUUCAAAAUCAACUCUUCUUGUAAUCUCAGGUGGAGAUGGAUAUGAAGAUUUUCGUACAUCAGGUGUAUCUGAAGUAGCUGGUCGGGAGGACUCUACUAAUCACUUAUUACUGUGGCUUGUAUAAGCUGCAUAUAAUUGCUACUUAUUUACCUGCUCAGACUAGUCUACUUUAAUGUGUACAUUUGUGUUAAAUAACCUGCUGUUACCUGUGGGUAAAGCUUGUGCUAGUCACUCAUUUUGUACAUUAAUGCAGAUCACUGUAAACAUCUCAUUACAUCCCAUAAAGUAUUUAGUUACUUUUAUAAGUAAGUUAUGUCAGCAUUUAGAUUUGAACUCAAUGCAUUAUUUAUAUUGAUGAAGAGAUCUUAUGAUUGAAUAAUUGUUAGCUAUAUAAAACUGAUUGACUAGUUACGAUUUUGUUUAUAUGUAAUUAGUCUAUUGGAAAGCAGCUAUGUACAUAUAGUAGUAUCACUUCUGCAAAAGGAAAUGUGAGUUAGCAUUAGUGAUAUGAAUUUGAUACUUCUAUAAGUGAUUCAGUAUUAAUCUCAUUCAGAAAUGUCAGUGUGCAUUAUGAGUAUUUUUUCCAAGACAUUAGGAAGUGUUAUGUUGCUUAAAUGUGACAGUUCUGUUUUUGGAAUAACUGAGUCUGGAAAGCUACACUGUAAUUUGGAAAUAUUUACGCUUUCUGUUAAAAAUAGCAAGAUACCAGAUUUUAUGGUUGUGUGAGAGUCAUUUCAUUUUUGAAAUGGCACUGAUGAUGGUGAUAUGUAGCUCUACUCCAGUUUGUUGAUACUUGUUUUUAAUAAUCAGCAUUUUAUUUUCAUAAUGAAUGAUGCAAACAUCCCAUGAAACUUUAUAUUGUUAAUUGUUAUUGUAUACAUGUAUUUUGUUUAAAAUGAUAUAUUUCUUUAACAUGAUUGUGAUAAGUUACUGUGUGUGUGUGUGUGUGUGUGUGUGUGUGUGUGUGUGUGUGUGUGUGUGUGUGUGUGUGUCAGAGAGAGGGAGGAGGAAGAGAGAGAGAGAGAGAGAGAGAGAGAGAGAGAGAGAGAGAGAGAAAAGAGCAAUGGGUGGAAAAGGAAAAAGAAAUGUUAACUGAACAUUGUUACGUAGUUAACUACAUUCUGGCCAUGAUUGAUCAAAAGAUCUCUAUAAAACUAAUAAAUUUUUAUAGCAAACUGUAUUCAAAUAAAAAAAAAUCUGCUAGCCUUUCUUGUAAUAUAAAAAAGAAAAUAAACUAUGACUGGUAUGUAACACUGCUCAAGGAAUGAUCAACAUCUAAUAAGACAUUAUUUUACAGAAAAGAGGCAAUUGUACAACAACAAAAUUUAUAUCCUACAAGUAUUUAAACAUUAAUGUAAAAUAUCAGAACUAAAUGGCAUGUGAAAGUCCAUAGAAUAAUGUCUGGAAGAUCUAAUUGUCCUGUACUGUAUGUAGAAACGUGAAUACAAUAUUGACAGAAAAAAAUGACAUUUAUUUUUCCAAGUUUUCUUAGUACAUGCAUAUUCAUAAUAAUAGACCCUAAGUUAAAAGACAUCAUAAAAUACACAGUAGCUCUAGAAUGAAUUUUAGUCAACAGUUUAAUUCUCAGUGAGUUAUGUUUCAUUGUAACGAAAACACUAACAUGGUACACCAGCACACCAGUUGGAUUUAGGUGUGUACCUCUAUGUUUGGUUCCUACUUUGUGAAAGUAUGAAAAAAAUCAUUAUUUAUGAAAUUGUUUUAAAAAAUAUUAGACACAGUAUUUAACUGCAUUAGAAUUAAUUCCAACUGAAAUGGAACAAAGCAAACAACAUAAUGAAGAAAUAUAUCUGUUAUUAAUAUCA